CAUGAACAGUAACAAUCAUGUGACCAUAAAAAACAGGAACUGAGGGGAUGCAAAGUAACUGACAGUUUUCUUUCCUAACCAGUCUUGUGUGAUAGUUAGAGAUGGUAAAUGUGGGGAUUGUAAUAUUUGGGACGUUUUUUAUGACUGGCUUGGGUCUGCAGGAGUUCGAUUUCAGGACCGAUUAUGGACGAAACCGCCAGGAAUGGCCCGUCCCUUACAGACGCUUUGACCACCGUCCUAAACCGGAUCCGUACUGCCGGGCGCUGUAUACUUUCUGUCCCACGGGACUGCCCGACGGGACAAUUCCCACAAUGAAAGAUUCAGAUACCAUCCAGGUCUUCCGACUACAGGCGCCUGUAUGGGAGUUUAAAUACGGAGAUCUACUUGGCAAAUUCGACAUUAUGCACGAUGCCAUUGGAUUCAGGAGUACUCUUACAGGGCGGAAUUACACCAUGGAGUGGUAUGAGCUUUUCCAGCUUGGAAACUGUACCUUUCCACACCUGAGGCCAGAGCUGAGCGCCCCCUUCUGGUGCAACCACGGGGCUGCCUGCUUUUAUGAAGGAAUAGAUGACCUGCACUGGAAACAGUACGGCACUUUAGAAAAAGUGGCCGAAAUCACAGGCACUCAGUUCAACAAAAUGUCCGAAUGGGUGAAGCAGGACAAUGAAACUGGUAUUUAUUAUGAGACAUGGACAGUGCAAGCAGACCCCAGCCCCAAUACGACUGUGUGGUUUGAAUCCUACGACUGCUCUAAGUUUGUGCACAGGACCUACAGGAAACUUGCAGAUAUGGGUGUGACCUUAAAAAGCACUCUCCAGACUAACUACACCAGGAUAUUCCUCUACAGUGGACAGCCCAGCUUUUUGGGGAAUGACACAACCAUCUUUGGGGAUGGUGGAGUGAAGUCUUUGGCCUCUGACAUUAGGAGUUUUUUCCAUUCUUUCCAACCUCACCAAUCCAUCAAAGACUUUCUGCUCAGUCUUCUCGAAGUUUAUGACAGGGUUGUGCUGGAAAAGAGCUUCUACUUGUACUAUAAUUUUGAGUAUUGGCACUUGCCAAUGAAGCCUCCCUACAUCAGAGUUACUUAUGAAGAAAUCCCUUUGCCGUAGAUAGAUUCAUGCCAUGAGAAGAUGAACUUUGACUUUGAAUUUAACCUUUUGCAGUGUUUUGGUGGUAUUUUGAUAUUGCCAUUUUUGUUGAAAUAAUGCUUGUGUAUUAUGGUCAUUACUCUUCCAGUAACUUAAAAUGUACUGCUGUUUCUUUUAUUGUAACCACAAUUACCAUUGGAGCAAGGAUUUUUCACCCUGUAGCAUCUACCAUAUACUAUUGGUUUCAUUCCGAGGGGAGAUCAGGCUUUCCAGAGGCUAAAUUGUUUUAUAUAUAUAUAUGCUUCAGACUAGGUACAUCUGUAAACAUCCUUCACAGUUUCUUCUGUAUUGGUAAUGCACUGUUUGAAAUAUGACACUAUUUCAGAUGCAGGCUAUUUCAGUAUUAAAACAUUAAGUGAUGUUGAAUGGCUGGAAGAUCAGAGUGUAAGAUAAUAUCAUAGAAUACUAAGCAAUGCAACAUUGAAAGAAAAAGUAUCCAUGUCUUUUUCCAUGGAUACUUUUGCUAAAUCAGGCUCUGUGGAGAACAGCGGGACAUUGAUAAAAGCAAAAUAACAAAGUAUGACUUUGAAAUGAUUAAUAAAACAGAUGGAUAGUUUCUUAUAGAAAUACUUUGUAAUAGUUCCUUUGUACUGCAAUGUUUUAUUGUAUUUUUUAUAUUCUUAUUUUCUGUGUUAAAAUGGGAAAUGGACAGGUGAGAGCAAAUUAUUUCAUUACACUUGCAAAGAACAGCAAUAAUGCUGAAUAGAGAAAUGUGUUAAUAAAUUCAGUACUGGCACUAUUCAUUGUACUUGUUUUGUUAUUAAAGAUGAAAACAACAAAUUA